UCGAAUUUGUAGACGGUGAUGAUAUUCGUUGUGUAUACUCAUUGAAAUUGUGAUCAAUUUACACGGUUCCAAUAUGGGUUAAUUUUCAUUGAAAAUGAAAACAAGUAUUUGUCAAAAUGGCCACAGGAUUUAGUGCAUCAGUGUUAAAUGCUGGGGAUUUUGAAUACGACUUUCCUUGCACAGAGUGUCAGGAGCACGGACUGAACUCGGAGGCUGUCUACUUCUGUCAACAAUGUUACAGCCAAUUCUGUGGCCUGUGUGUUAAGCAACAUGACCGCUUUUACCAGAAACACCCAAUCAUUGGAACAGAAAAGAAUGAAACGUGGGGAAAAGUGAAAAGCACGUGCAAAAUGCACCCUGGCGAAGAAAUGACGGUCUUCUGUAGCGACCAUCGGCAAACCUGUUGCGUCACAUGUCAGAAGGAGUUACACGGGCAGUGCCAGCUGUUACAGCACACAUCACCCAAACUUCCACCUCGACCAAGUUCUGUAAAAAUUGGAGAGACAAAUGUAAAUGCACAGUGUGACCUAUUUCCAUUAAAACAGAAGCAUGAUGAAUCCCAAAUGGUAACAGGCAUAAACCACAAUAUGCCAUAUGAAUUGUUAGAAAGAAAACGUUUUAAAAUAAAAUUGAAAAAGGAUAAGUAUCCAUAUAGUAUAUAACAGUGUUGCCAGGAGGUGAGAUCAUUAUAACUAACUGUAACAACAGUAAGAUCAAGCUGGUGACAGCUGACUACGCAUGUAUCUGUGCAUCAGAAGCCAUGGGAAAUAUGUGCUGUGUCUGACAACCAGGUGGCUAUCAGCACUGAAAGAAAGGCGAUACUGUUCUUCAAUGUGAAUAACAGCAAACUCAAAAUGGAUAGAAAGUUGAAACUGUUCCAUGACUGCGACCAUGUGUCAUACUUGGCAGACCAACUGUAUGUAGCAUCUAAUCGUACCGUUUACCAGUACACACUGACUGGGCAGAGGGUAAGGAAAAUGGAUGGAUGGGAUAUGUGGGGGUUUGCCCUGAACCCAGAUGGGAACAGACUCUAUAUCACUGACUUUGACAAUAACCGACUGUUGACAGCGGACAUGCAUGGUCGGGGGCUGGCUAUACUUGCGGAUGAGGACAUAAAGGGCCCCACAGGUGUGUGUGUGUCCCCUUGUGGAAAGGUGUUUGUGUGUGGGUCGCAUUUCGGAACCAUUAUACAGAUUGACAGUGAGGGCAAACACAAACUGUCUAUACAAGCCACCAAGGAGGAUCGUGUGUCCUCUCCAUUAUCAGUGUACUUCGACAUUCGGACAUCAUCCCUUCUUGUGGGGCAAUCAGACGAUGCUGAUUUAUUAGUUUUAAUACUGAAAUGAACAUAUAUAGUUUUUAAACAAUGAUUUCUAAACUAAUGCUGAUUAACAUUCUUGUAAGAAUUUGUGACGAGAAGUAUUGAAUAACAAAUGAAUACUAGUUUGAAAUUGCACCAUA